AUGGCUCCGACAACAACACCAACACCUCGCUCUCCCCUCCUAGAUAUCCUCCCGCCAGAACUCCGGCUACAAAUCUACGAACACCUUCUCGUCGCCUGCACGCCACUCAAAGGCCCAACCGCGCGUCUCGACAAAAAAUACAAUCUGCACACGGCCAUCUUGCGCGUAAACAAGCAAAUCUACACCGAAGCCCACUCCAUUUUUCUCGGGAAGAACACUUUCUACAUCACCUCCGUAGUACCGCUCCACACCCAGAUGACCAGAAGUGGAGGAAGCGAAAGAGGAGCUAGAUGCGGAAAAGAAGAUGGUUCAGGCGCCUUCGAACCACCACUUCAGCUGAAAGAUUUACCGCUCGUGAGGCAUCUGGAGGUGGAUUUGUUGUACUGUCCACUACCAGCAUCACCACCGAGGACGAUGAUAAAGAGACCGCCCAUGAGCUGUGCUACUGCUGCUGCUAUGGAGAAGUCAGUCAAGGUACUCGCAUGCGUGGGCGCAGAGCGCUAUGUAACCAGCUUAUCGCAUAUGCUGCGAGCGGUGACGGGAACGCUGUUGACGCUGAAGCUGUGCGCGGAUACAAGGCGUUAUGCUGCUGCUACGUCUACAUGUUUUACUGAUAACAAAUUGAAUGGGUUGGAUGAUGGACUGGUAGUAGAUUCAGAUUCCGACUCUGACUCCGACUCGGACCUUGAGCCUCAAGAAUCAGACGCAGACGAAGAAGAUGACUCGCCGCUCUCCAUCCAAACCCUCCUCACCGGCUUCCACGCCGCAGACACACACCUACGCUUCAAAUCUGCACUGGCAAAUCUCCCGCUCGAAACUAUCCCGUUACAUUUCUCUUUCCCUGAAUCGUAUUUUGACUUUGUGGUCGAUAGGGCGGUUUUGCUGCAGAGUAGUUUGGUGUUUCUCGUCGGGCAGGUGUUGUUUGCUAGGAGCGAGGUGAGACUUAGAGCGUUGAUGGAGGAUAUUAGCCAUGAUGGCGAGGAUGGAGUUGUUAGUGAAGACAGUGGGGAUGGUAGAGAGGAAAAAGAGCAUGUUCAAAGUAUCGAUUUAGCGGGGAUUAUUGCCAUUACAUGGUCUGGGAGAGUUGUGUUAGGGAAAGAGGGUGUGGGGGCGAGGGUUAUGUGCUAG